GUCAAACGCGAAAUAGAAGUCAGGGCGUCUCCAACGCCGCAUUCCCGACUACCCCAAACUAAUUUGGGACCACAGGUUGCGAUACGCGUAAAAUCCCAUCUAGUAUCGGUUUUUUAAGUGCCGUAUCUUCAAUUAUGGGGGUUAAAAUGCCAAGGGGUUUUAUAAAAAAUGCGUCUGAAGACCAUCGAAGGUCCUUUGGCCGUCCAUAAUGGUAACAACGACAUCCUCAAUUCUCCAAAAAGAAUAAACACUUUGCAGAACAGUAAUACGACGACAACAACAACCUUAAGUAACAUAACCUCAAACUAUAUCCCCGUCACGAAUCUAACCUACAAUACAAAUAACAGUAAUGACACUAUAAAUAACGUUAUAAAGGAAUUGAAUAGUACCACGGACUCGAACAUAAUCAACAACGGCGUUCAAGAUAAGGUGCAAUGGUGCCAGGCCUCAUUGCAAGAGACGCAAAACAACGCGAAGAACAACACGCAUCGGUUAUUAAAUUUGGUGAACGUCAAUAUCAACACGCUGGCUGCCACUUUGAGACACCGGCAGGGGGCGUCCGAUACGCCUACCUUCCUAAAAAACGCCGCCAUCAAAUCCGUAUCAAACAAUUCGAUUUGUUCACAACGAUCUUCGUCAGAUGAUACUUCUUACCUUGAUUACGAAGAAGCACAGCAAAGCUGUUCUUCAGCAGAUACGUCACCGCAAGAUGAAGAUCGUGAUUUCGACAUUUCCGAUUCCGAAUCAUCAGAUGACGGUAACUUAAGUAAUCGAGGUACGGUACAAAGGAGGUGUGUAGUAAAUCCGAACUACCCGGGAUUUCAACAUUUGGCGCAUACUCUGACGUCUGACGCGGAGUACACCGACGACGAUCUGGAGUGCGAAUCAUUGAACGUCGAAAUAUCGGGCGAUUCUUUGACGGCGAAAUUAGAAGCUGAGGCUAAUAAUAACAACAAUAUCGAAGAAAUCGAUACUGAUUAUAAAAUAGACAGUGUUAACCGUUUGGAUAGUGUUGAAAAUAUUCAAAAAGUGUUUCACGACAAACCGGCGUUCAAUAUCGAGGAGGACAGUGAAUUUAACCGAAAUAGUGAAUCUAGCAGUGGAAAUUCAAUCAACAGCGGCGACGAAGAUAACAUCGUCGGUGAUUUUAGACAAGAAGUCGAAGAAGAACUUUGUAAAGUCGCUUUCAGAAACGAAGAUUCGUAUAACCUUCGAAAAAUCGAGAAAGCCGUGGAAGAAAAACUCGAAGAAGCCGCCGAAAAACUUCAAGUGCUAAAAGAUUUCUCCCCUACCGCCGUUAAAUACAACAUCCAACCAAAUAUCGAAGAACCUUUCAACAAGUUGUCACCCACAAAGGUAGUACCUUUACAUCGGGUCCUGCAGGACUCCAAGGUCGUUAAAGGACACGAAUUAGCUGUCAAAACUGAAGAUCUACCGGAAGAGGACGAAGAAAAAAAAGAAGUUGAUGAAGAAGAUGCAAAAAAACCCGCGGAAUUAGAAUUCGGGGCGAGCGAAGAUCCUCUGGCGGCCAAAAUGGCGGAUACACUACAUAUUAAAAUAGAAGACGCGUUUUUGUCGAAUGCCAAAGAAAAUAUUUCCAUUCAAAAUGGCGCAAAUGACGUUUCAGUGGAUGAUAACCUCAAUUUUCGCGAAACGAAAAUGGAGGUUGACGAUUGUUCGGAAGAAAAAGACGAAACAAUGGCGAAAACGGAAAAAGAAGAAGAUAACGCCGUACCGAGGAAGAAAGAGAAAGUGGAAACUACUACGGUCAAGAAAAGGAAAGACGACAAUCAACAAACCGGCAGUUUGAUCGGUUUCGCGCGAAGGGAAGGGGGAACGAGAAGCAGAGAAACGAUGAACAGAAGAUCGGUACCAAUCGUGAGAGAGAAGAAGAAAUCGAAUACGGAAACAAUAGGUAGUUUCGAUGUGUACAACAUUGAAACGGCGAUGCCGAAGAUCGAUCUAGAAGCGAUAGAAUGUCACCUGCGGGCAGCUAGAGAAGAAGAGAGAAGGAGACGUACAGAUAGGGAAGAAAUUAGAAGACGAUUGGCAAUGGGGACUGAGGACGAUUAUUACACCGACCGACCGGGAAGAAAACCUAGUUUGCAAGCUAGAUUACAAAGCGGUAUGAAUCUUCAGAUAUGCUUUAUGAACGAAUCGCUUUCGGAUACGGAUAGUCCCAGUUCAGAUUCGGAAUGCCCAAUGACCAAUCCGAAACAAAAUAAAAUUAACAACAACUCAUCGAAAUCCCCCACAACGGAAAAAUCUGUUCACCCCCCAACUAGACCAGCGACGCUUUCGAUAUCGCAACAGGUAAUCAGGGAACCGAUGCAGGAGCUGGAUUUUUUCGCCAGACAAGCCAGAUUACAAACCGAAGCCAGAAUGGCGCUAGCCCAAGCCAAAGAGAUGGCCAGAAUGCAAAUGGAGAUCGAAAAACAACGACAGAAGAAAAGUCCCAUCACCGAAAUGAUACGUACCAGUAUGGAAAAAGUUGGAAUUCCUUUUCCGGAAGAUAAACGUCGUUUGUCGAGACAAAUUUUAACCGAUAUGAACGUCGCCCAACUACAAGUCAUCGUUAACGAUCUUCAUACACAAAUCGAAACAUUAAACGAAAGUUUGGUUAAAUUUUUGAUGACAAGAGACGAUCUGCACAUGGAACAAGACUCCAUGUUGGUAGAUAUCGAGGAUCUGACUAGAUACUUGGGAGCGAAAGAACAAGUUCUCAAAGAACAAAUUAUGUUACCGAGCAAGAACAACAAUACUCCCCCGUCUCCGGCGCCAUCGUCUCCUCUACAAUCUCUUAAUAGCACGGUUAAACCCCAUUUACACAGGAUAGCCAGUUUGGUUAAGAAAUAACCAGAAAAUCCCCAAGGGAACGUGUAUAUAUUUUCGUAGGUGUGUGUUUAGAUAGUUGGAGAUCGAAUCGAAUGUUGAAAUGAUCGAAAUUUAACGUUAUUGUGUAUGAAAGAUUUUUUUUUUGAUGGAAUUUUGGUAAUGUCGAGUGUGCCAUCGAUAUUUUCGAAAAUUGUAAUUCAAAAAUUUAUAUUUCACGUUUAAAACUAUUUUUUACAAAAUAUUAAUAUUUGAUUUGGUAUCGAAUAUUUCGAAUUUCCCCCGUAUAAAUGCCGAUUCAUAAACUUGACUUCCGUUCGCGGGUGAAAUUUGUAAUUCGACGUCUAUUGAUCCUGGUUGCUGUCGUUAAUCUAAAAAUUUUUUUUUUGUGUCUAUUAUCGUGAUAUUUUUGUGUUUUUGUUUGUAAUCCGGUAUUUACGAACAAAGCUAAAAUACCGCCGUAAAAAAAUCAAACAGGAAGAGAAAUAACCCCCAACGUAACACUCUAUAACGUCAUACGUCAAAAUCGCGUGACAAACGUACACGCAUAUGAUUGGCUCUAUUGCUAUGAAAGUUGUUGCGAAUGGCCGACGGGAAAUCAUAAAAUUCGUUAAAAGUUAUCCACGACAAAUGGUACAAAUGAAUGAUUUUGAGCUUUCCAAUGUUUUCAAUUUUGUAACAACAAACGGAAAGUCAAAUUUAUGAAUCAGCCUUAACUAUCAGGACUCCUAGUAUGAACGUCAAAGUAUUAUUGUGAGGUUAUGUUCCAACAAACGAGUGUAAUGGUUCGAAAAUUAUCAUUUUAAAGUGGUUUAUACUCGUAUUAGAUACCGUUUAGUGCCCUAAAGUGUUAUUAUAACUAUUAAAACGAUAAUAAAUUAGUUUUUCAUGAAGUUAGUAUUGGUAUAAAAAUGAUUUUUCAAUAUGAGAACAAAAGUGUCAAUUUACCUAUUUUAAAGUAAGUUUUUAUUUGUUUAUUAGCAUUAAGUUAGUGUUGUAUUAACAAAUGAAUAUAUUUUCUACUGAAAUGUUUUUAAAUUUCGAUUUUAUACGGGGUUUCUUUUUCAUAGUAUCUGAUAUAAAUUAAAUCGAAAACGUAGUAGCUAAAAACUAUGAAAUACUUUAAAAAUUACAAAAAUCUGUUCAUUUAAUAUGUAAAAAUUAAGUUUUGAGUAUUAUAUUUCUAUAGUAGAAUAUGUUGUUUCAUAAAUUAUGACAAAGAAUGACUAAUUUUACGUUUUGCUUGAUCUUAACCUAUAAGUUAGUAACGGUUUUUAACUAGGAUCUAGAUUAUUCAAAAUUUCGUUAAAAAAACGUUUUUUCUUUAUCGAAAUAUAGGUAGUUAAUGGACUAUUGAAAUGGUAAUAAUGAUGUAGAAUUGUGAAAGCAGUUUGGGGCACUCAACUUAAUCAAAUUUUUACAUUUCAUACAAAAAAAUGUUGAUUUUUUUGAAAAUCUUGACUAAUCAUCUUCGUGGGCAUUCGAAAUGGAAAAAUAUAAAAAGUACAUCUACAAAAAUUAAUAUUUUGCAAACAAUAGCUAAAUUAGUAAAAAAAAUAAGAAAUUUUUCAAAAUAUUAUAAUUUAAGAUGUAUCGUUUAGAUUUCUGGGUAAUUUUAUACUAUCACGAUCGAUUUUGAUUAAAAAUGAUUAAAAACAUGAAAAAAUUAACAAUUUUGUACAUAUUUGUUCAAUUUGUUUCUUUUUUUGUAUAAAUUUACUAAAAAAUAUAAAAACUUCAUUCGAUUAUUCAGAAAAUAGUUAAUUUUAUUUUCAAUUUCUGAUAUUUUUUCGUAAAAUCGAAUAUUUAUUAAAAAAAACUUCAUUAAAAUCGAAUUUUCAAAUUUCUUGGACGUAAAACAACGAGGGGAUUACGAUAUUAUAAAAUUACCGAUAAUUAUUUUUUUCGUAUUGUAUAAAUUCGUAGGUGAUAUUAAUUUUAGUAUUUAUUUUUUUGUACUGUACACAUAUCUAAUUAAUUGGUAAAUAUUUGGCAAUGGGGCGUUCCAUAUAUUUACUUAUAAAAAAAAUUUUCGACUAUUUUUUCCUUAAUUUGUUCAUUUAAAAACUACAAGUACCAAGUUAUUUAUUAUUGAACGAAAAAAAAUUCCACAUUUUUUGAUAAAUAUUAUUAGUAAAGUUUUUGAGGGGGGGUUAUGGUUCAUAGUAACAUUUUGGGCGCCAACAGGCAGUUUAGCACAUAGGCCCACCGUGCCCCACUUGAAGUUACCUAAGGCCCAUGUCAGGCGCUUUGGCUUGAACCCUUUGAUGUCAUUAGACAAACCGUGAUGCUUCAUCGUUGCCCAAGUGAGUGGAUAUUUCAGCCAUCUCCAGACUUUGUUGCACUACAACACUAACCAAGAGCACGUGAAUGGCAGCUCUGCUAUCUAACCAGAUCAAAAGGUGUCCUCCACAGAGGCCUGUUCCAAUCCAUUCCUCCUGGUGCCUUCUGUGAACCAGACGACUCUAUUAUUCAGGGCCUUCACCUGUGGUCUGCUAGAUCCAAGGUUGGAAGGUCCUACUGGGACUUCAAGGGCAUUAAUUGGGGUCGUGGGAAGCAAUGAACAUUUAAUAUCAAAAAUGAGUUGAACCCCAUUUCCAAAUAUUCACCGAUAAAUCAUUUGAAUCGGAAUUAGAAGAUUAGAGGUAACGAAAGUAACUACGAUAAUUGUAUAUUAAACUUACCAUUAAUAAUGGUAAGUUUAAUGGGUAAUUCAAAGGUUGUAACUCCAGAAAUACCGUUGAAUCAAUAUAAUAUCCAUCAAUUUCUUCCCUAUUAUUUUUUUGUGGUAAAAAAUCAAAACACGUAGAAGAAGAUUCUGUACUAGCGAUACGUUCUUACAUACAGUACCUUCUAAAAGUUUGGAAGCAGCAAGGUAAUAACUAAUUAGAAAAAAUAAAUCGAACGGACAAGGUGUUUAAAUGUGGUAUGCCAAUCUAGGACAAGUUUUACAAUUUCCUGUGCUUAGAAAUAUAUCCGAUAAUUGUAAGACCGUUUUUUUUUGCAUGAAUCUUGUACAAUGGAUCAAAAUUGUGUCACACUUAAUCGCGUUUAACCUAAAAAAACUCGACAUUCAUGUCCAUCCAUCAGAGUAUGGGGAAAAUAAUUCCGCCACCCCUACGUUUCCAGAUGUCUAAACUCGAUAAAUGGAUUACUACAAUGGAAAAACGUGUAAUUCGAGACGAUUAACAAACACGCACCGUUAGAAACGCGACUAUAAUAAAUAAAAUUCACCGUUGACUUUUAACUCAUAUUUUUAUAACGUUCCCACGGAUUAAAGGCCCGACCUAACCUAAUUUUCGAUCGACAUAAACAGAAUUAUAAAAAUUCCACCACCCUGUAGUUUAAUUAGGUUAGGCGGACGUUAAAUUUGAACUGAAAGAAAAGAUACUUCAGUUGGACGAAACAUAUAACGUUUGUUGUAGCAGAAAGUCGUUGAGGAAGACAAAAUUGAUAAAAAAAACGUGUAAUUCGAGUCGAUUAACAAACACGCACCGUUAGAAACGCGACUAUAAUAAAUAAAAUUCACCGUUGACUUUUAACUCAUAUUUUUAUAACGUUCCCACGGAUUAAAGACCCGACCUAACCUAAUUUUCGAUUGACAUAAACAGAAUUAUAAAAAUUCCACCGCCCUGUAGUUUAGUUAGGUUAGGCGGACGUUAAACUUGAACUAAAAGAAAAGAUACUUCAGUUGGACGAAACAUAUAACGUUUGUUGUAGCAGAAAGUCGUUGAGGAAGACAAAAUUGAUAAAAAAACGUGUAAUUCGAGUCGAUUAACAAACACGCAUCGUUAGAAACGCGACUAUAAUAAAUAAAAUUCACCGUUGACUUUUAACUCAUAUUUUUAUAACGUUCCCACGGAUUAAAGGCCCGACCUAACCUAAUUUUCGAUCGACAUAAACAGAAUUAUAAAAAUUCCACCACCCUGUAGUUUAAUUAGGUUAGGCGGACGUUAAACUUGAACUAAAAGAAAAGAUACUUCAGUUGGACGAAACAUAUAACGUUUGUUGUAGCAGAAAGUCGUUGAGGAAGACAAAAUUGAUAAAAAAACGUGUAAUUCGAGUCGAUUAACAAACACGCACCGUUAGAAACGCGACUAUAAUAAAUAAAAUUCACCGUUGACUUUUAACUUAUAUUUUUAUAACGUUUCCACGGACUGAAGGCCUGACCUAACCUAAUUUUCGGUCGACACAAACAGAAUUAUAAAAAUUCCACCGCCCAGUGGUUUAGUUAGGUUAGGCGGACGUAAAACUUGAAGGAAAAGAAAAGAUACUUCAGUUGGACGAAACAUAUAACGUUUGUUGUAGCAGAAAGUCGUUAAGGAAGACAAAAUUGAUUAAAAAAAACGUGUAAUUCGAGUCGAUUAACAAACACGUACCGUUAGAAACACUAUUAAUGACCUAGAAAACCAAAAUAGACUGCUAAACAAUCGAAUAUAUCUCCAAACUCCUCACAGUACUUUAUUUCUAUCGUAGGAAUUUUUCCUGAACUCCCAAGGUCAAAUUCAGGGUUACAGAAAUCGUAAUUUGCCUGGUUUAAAGUAAAAUUCGCCGCUUCAGAUAUCGGUACUUCUUAAUCUUUCCCGCCAACCGACUGCUGCGACUUUUUUUUAUAGAAUUAAUUACGCGGUGAUGAUAAAAAGUUGCAAAUGUACUUACGACGAUAUUUGUACAUAUAAUUUUGAUCCAUUCCGUUCUAUAAUUCACAAAUUAUGUAAAAUACCAAUGACUGAAGCUUUCUCGACUGUAAAUAAUAGAAUUUACUCGAUAGAUUAGUUUUUAUGUAACCUCUUCGAAAAUGUAUUUGUUAGCUUGAGAAGAAAUUCAAUGUUGAAGCAACGUUUAUCCGUCAUCCACUUUCACUAGGAUAAUUUACAUAUCGGUGCUUGAUUCUUGCCAAAAACUGUUCACAAAUUUAUUUUGUUUUUUAAAACUUCGCUGCUCAUAUACCUACAUCUCGUCGAAACUUGUAUCGAGCCGGAACGGUGUAGUUGGUUAGGUUGCCGAAGUGCUUAAUUUCCAACACGGAGAUCGGAGGUUCGAAUCAUCUGUCGAACGCCAUUUUUUAUUCUAUUAGUCCAAAGAAACUAAUAAUUGUUCAUUUUUAGUUCCUAACCUGUACAAACAUUCGAAAAAUUUGUUUUGACAGAUUCUAAUUCUUCUUUUUUUCUUAUUAUUUGUAUGGUCGCUUCUUCUGCAUUUAUCUGUCAUUCACUUCCAUUAAGCCAAUUUAUUUAUUGAUGCUAUAUUCUUGCCGAAAAUAUCAUUUUAUAAAAAAAAUCGACAAAAUUAUUCAUUUUUGGUUCCUAACCUGUACAAACUUUUAAACGAUCUCUUUUGACUUGACAGAUUCUAAUUCUUCUUUUUUUAUGCUUAACCUCCAUUCAAAAUUGGUUUUAACUUGACAAAUUCAAAAUGGCGUCCGUGGGGUAAACAAUCACGUUUCCGGUGGAAAAUUCCGUAGCAAUUCUUUAAGAAACCAGUUCGGAAUAAAACUUGAAAUAAUAAAAGUCUAAAAUCCAACAAACAACUUCAUAAAUCACGCAGAAACCUGCGGCUCGAGUAUUUGUUUACCCCACAGCGGUCAUUUUUAAAUAGACAUCAAUUGAUUUUGACAUUUCGAUAGAUUGCUCAAUGUCAAACGUUUUUUAGCAUAUGCAGGGUGAUUUAAAAUUGAUUUUAACUCUUCAUAUCCCCAUUAUUUUAUCCAAAUUGAUUAUUUUUCUUGAUUAAUUUUGUAUUUGGUCGCUUUUUCUCGAAAUUUCCAUUACUUUGGUUAUUUUUGUAGCGACUAAAAGGACAAACUAAGAAAUAAGCAGUUUCAUGUCAAAAUGGCGUCCGUGGGGUAAACAAUCACGUUUCCAGUGGAAAAUUCCAUAGCAAUUCUUUAAGAAACCAGUUCGGAAUAAAACUUGAAAUAAUAAAAGUCUAAAAACCAACAAACAACUUCAUAAACCACGCAGGAACCUGCGGCUCGAACGUUUGUUUACCCCACAGCGGUCAUUUUUAAAUGGACGUCAGUUGAUUUUGACAUUUCGAUAGAUUGCCAUUACCUUGGUUAUUUUUUGUAGCGACUAAGGGACAAACUAAGAAAUAAGUAGUUUCACGUCAAAAUGGCGUCCGUGGGGUCAACGAUCACGUUUCCCGGUGAAAAUAUACUUUUUCGAUUAGCAACUCUUAAAGAAGUCGUUUCGAAAUAAAACUGAAACAUUUGUUUUCCCCACGGCGGCCAUUUUAAACGAUAGAUUCGCAUUCUUCUUUUUUAUUUUGUAUAAAGUCGUUUUUUCCCUAGUUUUUCGUUACCCUGCGAAUAUUUUUUUUCUUCUAUUUUUCAUAUUCGAAUAACUUUGAAAAUGCCCUGAAUGUUUUACGAUAUACAGGGUGGUACAAAAUUGUUUUGAAAUAAAGAUAUUGGAGGACUCGUUUACCCGCAUGUGCCAUUCUUUCCACAUCACUCAUUAUAUUUUAAAUGUUAAGACUGCACUGGUAUCCAAAGAUUUAUUACCCAAAUCGACUAAUUCAUCUUUUUAAUAAAAAAAAAAAAAAACGAUUAGUGCUGACAAAAAUGUUAUUUAUUGUAAUUAUAAAUAAAAACUCGAUAAUUGUGAAUACAAAAAAAGGCUUAAAUAAAAAUAUCAUUAAAUAUAA